AUUAAUCGGUGUAAAUCCACUUUAAAUCCAUAAAAUGAAUGGAUACCUGAAUUAAAGACUAAUCCGAAGGCAGUUGAAAUACUGAUGCAAUAUUACAGAGAUUCUCGUACCCAGUAGGUACGCACAAUCAGGUUUUGGACAUCGGUUUUAACGACUAGGGUCGUUUAAAAUCGACUUCACAUAAACCUGCAUACUUGGGGAGAAUCGAUCCAUAGAAGCUGUUUUGAGCUUGCAUAUAAGGAGUUUGGUACAUCCCAUCGUCACCAUACAUGCAAUCACAAUCUUCGUCAUCUCCAUGUUCCUCAACAUGGACGACAUGCUCGGAAACUACCGAGGAGAAAGAAGAAGACAAGUCUGACCCCUGGAACAAAGCGUCCUCAGGGAGGUUUGGCUUAGCCUUUUCUUGUUUACUCAGUUUAAAGCAAGGUUCUGGUGCAGAUCCUGCUGUUGAGCAGCAGACUCAUCGUCUAUUUUAUAAGUGGUAGUCGGCAAGAAUGUGGGAGCUGGUGUGUUUACUCCGUUUAACCCACAUCCUUGAGCUAAUACACUGUGAACUCCUCA